GUCGUUUCGUCAACACAAUGUCUCGUUAAGAGCAUUAUUUUUUCCUUCCUUCAAAUUUCCGACAACUAACCGCCGGGAAACGUCAACUUCCGAUCACCGGAAUUAUUCUUCUACUCCACUGUUCUUCCGCUUUCGAGCUCAGAAGAAGGAUACAAUUUGAAUGGCUGUUGCACAUUGCUAAUACCUAUCCCAUAUCUGAAUCUUUUUGCUGGAAGCUUGAAAUAAGGAUGUUUCUUAAAUGAAGUGGUGUCUAUAAAAGAUAAAGAAGAGAAGAAAAAUGAAGAAGUGGUAUGGAGGAACGUUAAUACUGGCACUUGCCACAAUCUUGGCUUUGCGUUAUGGCCUUACGAAUACCCAGCCUAAAAAGCAGUCAGCACGAGAUUUUUGGAGAAAUCAUCCGGCCAAAGAUUCUCAUAGUAGAAGCAGCGAAUCUGUGAAAUCUAAAGCAGUGAGAGCAUCAGAACCUGAACGGCCUCAUCUUAUACAUGUUGAAGGACUCAGUGAUCUAAUUGCUCCAGAUAAUAUUACGAAGCGAGAAUCAGAGGCCUUACUUUUGUGGUCUCAUAUGCAUCCCCUGUUGUCCAGGUCUGAUUUUUUACCCGAAACAAUACAAGGGGUUAAAGAGGCGUCCAUAGCAUGGGGUGACUUAUUGUCAGCUAUUAAAGAAGAAAAGACCAUUAAAAUUGGUAUUACCAACAACUCAAAGCAUGAAAUAUGCCCUUCCUCUGUAAGCUCACCUGACAUAAUUUCACCUUCUGAGGGAAUUAUUCUUGAAAUCCCUUGUGGUUUAGUUGAGGAUUCUUCCAUUACCCUGGUUGGCAUACCUAAUGGAGAGCAAGGGGGCUUCAAGAUUGAACUUUUAGGCUCUCAGGCUUCUGGAGAGUCAAAUCCUCCUGUUAUCUUGCAUUACAAUGUCUGUUUGCCCGGGGACAACAUGUCUGAUGAAUCAUUUAUAGUUCAAAAUACAUGGACUAAUGAACACAAGUGGGGAAAAGAGGAGAGAUGUCCAGCUCAUCUGUCUGCAAGCUCUCAGAAAGUUGAUGGACUUGUUCUUUGUAAUGAACGUGUUCUCAGAAGCACCAGAGCAGAAAAUAUCAGUACGCAUCAUGAUAGUGCUGAUACCAACCUGACCAAUAUUUCCGGAGGGCAAGUCCAUGAAAGUGCCAAUUUUCCAUUUAUUGAGGGGAACUUGUUCACUGCAACAUUAUGGAUUGGUUUGGAGGGUUUCCAUAUGACUGUUAAUGGAAGGCAUGAAACCUCAUUUGAAUAUAGGGAGAAGCUUGAACCAUGGACAGUUAAUCAAGUCAAAGUAACAGGCGGUUUGGAUCUUCUUUCUUCCUUGGCUAAAGGCCUACCAGCAUCUGAAGAUCAUGAUUUUAUUGUUAACUCUGAGCACCUUGGAGCUCCCCCUAUCCCGAAGAGAAGACUUGUGAUGUUAAUUGGAGUUUUUUCUACUGGAAAUAAUUUCAAUCGUCGUAUGGCAUUGCGAAGGACUUGGAUGCAGUUUGAGGCUGUACGUAGUGGUGAUGUUGCAGUCCGGUUUUUCAUAGGCUUUGAUAAGAACACACAAGUAAAUUUGGAGCUUUGGAGAGAAGUGGAAGCUUAUGGUGACAUUCAGUUGAUGCCAUUUGUUGAUUAUUACAGCCUGAUCACUUUGAAAACAAUUGCAAUUUGCAUUUUUGGGACCAAGAUCCUUCCUGCAAAAUAUAUCAUGAAGACAGAUGAUGAUGCAUUUGUUAGAAUUGACGAAGUUUUAUCUGGAGUAAAGAGCAGGCCAGCUACUGGCCUACUCUAUGGUCUUAUUUCCUUUGAUUCAUCACCCCAUAGAGAUAAAGACAGCAAGUGGCAUAUUAGUGAGGAGGAAUGGCCAAAUGCGACAUACCCUCCUUGGGCGCAUGGGCCCGGGUACAUCAUAUCACGAGAUAUUGCAAAAUUCAUCGUCCGAGGCCACCAGAAUAGAAGCCUCAAGCUUUUUAAGCUUGAAGAUGUUGCAAUGGGCAUAUGGAUAGAGCAAUUCAGCAAGGGAGGGAAGGAGGUACAGUAUAUCAAUGAAGAAAGAUUUUACAACUCUGGCUGUGAAUCAAAUUACAUUUUGGCUCAUUACCAAAGCCCAAGAUUGGUUUUAUGCCUUUGGGAAAAGCUGCAAAAACAGUUUGAAUCCACAUGCUGUGAUUAGGGUUGAUUUGGUAAUGAUGUGUUUGUCUGUGGAAAUCAGUUUUGAAUUUAUGGGUUUAUGGUGUAGAUUAGAAAGCUUCUGAGAUCAGUGAAAGGGAGAGUUGGUUUUGUUUCAUUUUUUGGGACAAAAGGAGAGUUGUAACAUAUGCAGUAUUGAACAUGGUUUUAUAGAAAUCGCUUACUUAGUUUGAUUAUGUCAAUAGUAUAUUUUUUGUUGAACCUAUGUUGUAACCUUUGUGACAGUCGACAUGAACAUAGCUUAAAGGACGUAAUUUGAACUUAAGGAAUAUUUUAGCC